UCUCUCCGUCCUUCUGCUUGGGAUGGCAAAGAUCUAAAUGUGGCAAACACUCCUGGCAUCGUGGCCGGUGGCUCUUUUCCGUCUUUCGGCCCCCUACUAACUGACCCGUUGUGACUCUAUCUUGCAUCCACUGCCUCUGGCGUCUUUAGCCGUCAUAAGCUUCGUCGCGGGACCUAAGCCUUAGGGCUGAUACAUCGCCAGGCCCCCGUGAGGCUUCGGACGAAACAUUGCUCAGCACCGCCCGCUCUUUUCCUAACAUGUUCAAGUGUCCUCAGCCUCAAUGACCCUCCCAUGUCCAUGCCACAGAUUCCGCAAUCCGCGACAAAGCCUCAUGGACUGACACGAGGACUAGGCUGCCAUGCAAUAUAACUCGCGACAGGGUUGAUGACGUCGGUCCCACUCUGUCGUCCUGUCGAGUCAACUUCGUGAGUGUUUUUCGUAACAUCUACCUCGUUGGCGGCCUGUCCGCGACUGGUAUCUUGAGCCAUCAGUUGCUCACACUCCACGUUUUGGACCCAGCGGUGAGGAUCCCGUGGUGUCGCUAUCGCAAGAAGCUCAUCAGAACAUUAUGUGUCCGGAUGCCCACCUGCAGGCUUCACUUUUAGGUAUUAGGCCUGAUCCUCAGUUCCUCCGACUGGCAUUUCUUAUCCAUCCAUUGGUUCGACCUCAAGUCACGCCAAGUGGCUGUUGAGGGCCAUGGACUCUGACCGUCGCUUCCACCAGUUGAGCAGUUCGGAUUCCGAUCAUGCCAACUGCGACUCAUCGUGCAUCUUCCUGCAGUGCAGACUACGCCUGUCAUUUUUCAUUCUCCGUUACUCAAGUUACCGGUUCUGUCAAUCGCCUGGCUAAAGUCGUCAAUGAUUGGCCUUUUGUCAAGGCUGCAAUGAAAAUUACCGUGGUAUAAGAAAACAAUGACUCCCGCUGCCUAGCACUCUCAAGUUGGGUUGUCCCUGCCUCAGACCAAUAUUUGACACUCAUUGUCCUUAUCGCUGCAUUGUCUCUUCUGUUUACUCUGUCAUAUCCUCCCUGUUUCCUACAAACUAGUUUGGGAUAAAAAGACAUCAUCGGAGCAAUCCUAUAUCAGAAACCAUGUGCUACCAAAUCAUCGAGCGAUACGCUGUCUGUCGGUGCCUUUAUCACAAACAUGCUGUCGACCCCUGCCAACGAUAUGGCCAACGAGGCCAUACCGUCACAGAGAAGACGGUUCUGGUAGGCUUUGCCUGUCCGCAACAUUCGGGCAAACGAAGGGCGCAGGGAUCAACCGAUGACGGGGCUCCAGGAGCGCGCCGGGGGUAUGAUUCCGGUUAUUCCAGCGCCAGUCACCAUUCCUCUGGAACUCGCCGGUGAAGGUGGCGCCAAAACACCAUGAGCAAACCAUGCGCAAGGAUGAGCCGUUUGCUAUAUCACCACUUACCCUUGCGCGGUACCAAUCCGCAAUCAUCCAGGAGGAUCCAGGCACCCUGUUACGCUUUGCCGAGCAAGCCAGCUGGGCUGGCCACGCCGUCGUCUUAUCCGCUGUGUGACUACUAGACGAUGCCUCUCGCAGAUGCGCCUCAAUAUGGAAGGACUUCCCUUGUCAUGGCUGGCCCUGGCUUGAGGCUUCUACGCUGCUCUACACAACAUUUGCAGUGCACUUCGGCAUCCUGCUGCCGCCUGGCGCGGAGAAUGUGCUAUGUACUGGAUGUGGCGACUAUCGGAGAUACCGAUCUUAUUCUUCACUCUCCCAAUACCUGCAGGACCCGUCGUUGUUGACAACGAUGUCCAAGACACCAUCAAUUUACGAUCGUUACUUUUUUGCAAGGGCCCGCUGUUGAGCGUGACUUGCGACCUCUUGUCCUACGACUUAUGACCAUGGGCUGGACUUGACUUGUGCUGCUGUCUGUUGAACAUGCUGGGCAUGAAUGAGCAGAACAUGUACACUAAACCAAGCAAAGCAAGCACUCUGGACACUGCAUUAGGUGUCGGGUGUUUCGUCGGCAGCAAGCAAACACCCGCAGACUUGGUGGGAACUAUGUGCUGGAUCACACUGUUACUUGAUGUCGAAGCUGACGAUUAUCUUGAGGAUUCGAUUCACAACUGGCUGCUGGCCUUGGCCUUUUUGGUCUCCUGUUCAUAUCACUUGUGCUAUAGCGGGCUGCGCCUGCGCCUCAAAAAACAGAUUAUGUACCACUCACUGCAUUGUACCAAAAACUGAACUCAGGAGUUUAGUUUUAGUAGUCAUUCAAAUCCUUCUGAUUGAACCUCAAAGACUUUUCCAAGCAGCA